UUGUAAAUGUCAAAUCUGAGUUAUGUUUAUGGGAUUUUUUAUUUCAGGUUAUAAAAAUAAAUUGAUUUAAGAUUAUUCAAUACGUAUAUUUCUUUUGAAAUAUUUCAAUAUGCUCAGAAACUUUAUUCUACCAGUUACUCGUACAAGGUUUCAGGUACAAUGUGUUAGAAAUAAACAGAAGAAAGUGCCUAAAGCGGAUAAAAAAUUGCAAGCCGCAGCAGAAUCCUUGGCUUCAAGAGGGUUUCUUCGACCAAAUAAACCUUGGGAUCCACCUACCAACAUUCAGGAGACUGUACUCAAAAUUUGCACCGACAUUGGGCUUAAGGAGAACUCCGAGUUUGAAUCCUUAGAAGUAAAGUUCAAUGUGCUAAAGGCAUGCUACGAAGAGACUGGACAUAGUGUACCAAACUCUUUACUCCAUACAAUUGAAACAGUUGAUGAUUUAUUGGAUUUCUAUGAAACACCUGUUGAUGUGUGCACUCCAUUUGAUGCCCUGAAGAAAAUGGAACUCCCUAAAAAUCUUCAUGUGCAAGGAGACUAUGUUCGAUUUCAUCCUGAUAAAGAUACCCUAUUCAAUGGUCAGUCAGCAUUCCCUCAGAGUUCAACUAUAGUGUCCGGAUUGAAGACGCGAAAGAAGUAUGAAGGAUACAAUGCAAAGAGAUCUUGGCCUUAAUUUUAAUUUUCAUUAUGUUUAUAGGAUAGCAGUAUAGAAUAAUUGUAAUUAAAAGUGUU